CACGCCUUCCUUAUGAGAAAUAUUAUCCACCAUCACAAUAAUCAGAAGAAUUUUAGAAGAGAUUUUGGGACAGAAGUUGGGCUCAACACCAACCAUCAGGCUCUUCUUGAUACUUCAGAGAUUUUAGAAUCUUCCACUAAAUCUGCCACCACAGAUGAUCCCCAGCUGACCAACCUUUCUGGCUCAGAGGGAACAGAGGACAUCCUACCAUUGCCAGACUUGUAACAGAAAUGGCAACCACUGCAGAUUUGACCAUAGAGGCAGAGCCUAGGAUUGUGGAGAUUGCAGAUGAGGAUUCAGCUAAGUCCUGGAAGAAGCCUCACAAUCCUCUUGAAGACAAAUUGCUCAGAUAUAUCCGGGACACAGAGCGACUUGCAGAUGAGGUAAUUGUGAAAGAAGGAGCAAUAUGCCUCACAAGAGCAGAUUUUUUGACUUUGGGCGUAAGAAGGGAAAUGGAGUGUGAGAUUGGAAAUGCCUGCAUGAGACUCAUCUAUGAAGAGGCUCGAGCGCAUGGCAACAACAUUUACAUUGCUGACUUGUAUGUAGUUGCCACAUGGAAAAGCAGUAAAGAUCCUCUAGCCUAUUUUCCAAAUAAUGCUGACUUGAUGGAUGCCCUUGUGCUUCCUGCAUGGAUACAAGCCACUGUCUCAGACCAUUAUGUGAAUAUUGCACAAAGUCUCAACCCAGCACAAUGGACAGAAGUAACAGGAUUGGAUAUUGGGGUCCUGCCUCAACAGAACAACAGCAACGAUUGUGGAAUUUUCAUGCUCAUGUAUGCCCUCUACAAUGUGCUGGACAUUCCAUUCAACUUCUCACAGGUGGUCUUCUACAUUUUGUUACUUUACAUUUUUAAUAAAGUACUUUAUUGCUGGCCAUUGAAUUCUAACAAUACAAAUGAAAUACUAAUGUAGUAACAUUUCAAUUUCUGUUAGCUUGACAUGCAUUAAAUCAGGGAGUGGUGGAGCCUGCGGCCAACUGAGCGGUUUGGGAUACAUGGGUAUGUGAAUCAUGUUCUGCACAUCUUAGUUUGACAUUUCAUUCUUGAAGUUUCUCACCAACAAAAAUUAAUGACCAACUGAGGCACUUUAGCAAUCCAUCUGCAUACUCACACUCUCAAUUUUGUGUUUUCUGACAGUUUAUUUAGAUGGAAUAAAGAAAUACAUUUUUCAGUGCUGUCUUUUGUGACAAACAGUACUUGCAAUAUCGAUGGCCAAUAAAUAUAUAUUUUUUCCUCUCUCCUUUAAAAAGGGAAAAGGUUUAAAACCCAUGGAAAGGUUUGCUCACCGGACCAAGGAGGCAAAGUCCCUCUGUGAAGGGAAACUUCUGCCACUUUAUAGGGCUUUUCCUUGUGUAACCAAUGACCUGCCACAGCAUGUUGUUGCCACAAGUGCUCGGGGGUCUUUAAAUCAGGCACUUGUAGACUACAUAGUGGCAACAAAAGCAACAGAUAGCCACAUUCAUUCCAUCAUCAGUGGGCAAAAGAACUCAAAGUGGCUUGACAGUUAUUCUGAUCAGUCUGUCAAAAUAACCCUGUGCCACUUUACAUUAAGGAUGAGGAUCAAAUUGAUUCACUUUUCCUUCACCUCUCCUCCGUUCUAAGACCCCCCCAUAGUGAAUCAACUUAUUUGGCAGAUCAUUUGUGGUUGCUUAGUACUUGAAUACAAUUUAAUUUUGACAGUUGUUAACAUAAUUCUAAUAACUAAAUGCACAUGAGUGUGUUCAAAUAACCACUUUUUUUUAAUUGUAAAAAAAUUAAAAGGGUUUGUUCACUUGUAAAAUAAAGUUGACACUUUCUGUAUUUUAGUACCAAAACUAGCAAAGGAAGCCCCCUGCAUCUGCCUUUGCAAUACCUUCAGAUAAUUUAGCAUUUUAUGGAAUACAUGUCACCAUUUAAAGAGCCCAUAUUGUACAUGAAAAAGGGUCAUAUUUCGGUUAUAUGGGUCUCCAACAACAUACUGAUAUGCAUGCAAGGUCAAAAAACACCUUCAUAGUCUUAUAAUAUGCAUUUAUUGUUACCCAAUUAUCCCAGCGACUUCCAUAUGAAUCGUUCAGCGAUUCAUUUGUUCCCAAACCCCUCCUUAGCGUGAAGCUAAUCUGCGGUGAUUGGACCGAUGACAGCCUGUUGCGAUUGGUCCACAGCAUUCAGCGCUAGACAAAUGCCUAGCGUGGUUUGUCAAGCCCCCGGCGGACGGGCCCGCGUGAUAACCCCGUGACCGUCAUAACCCCCGCAUGGGAAGUAUGAACGGCACUUAGCAGUAAAAAUGAAACCGAUAGCGUGCAUAUCAUUUACUGAGUGUGAUUUCCGUGACCGAGCUUUUCUCAGCUGUAACUUAGAUCAUUUCUAUUUGCAAUUUUUGCUGUGGCACCUCUUGCUUGAAGUGUUAUAUGUUCUCAGGGCUUACCUGUACUCUGCUUUGCCCAAAUAUCCCAUCCCCAGCCAGGGGGUUGUAGUGCUCACCAGCGCAUAGCAGGCUGCCUUUGCGCCUAAUAAACUUGCCUUGGUGUAUUGUCUUCCCAUUCUCACAAGUCUUAUACACCAGUCUUUUCUUAUCCUUCCUUUAACAAACGAAUGAAUCGCCCACUGUAAGCGUGUAGACUGCUGAAUCAAUUAUUUCCCCUCACACUUCCAAUAAUAUCCAGGUAAACACAGCGUCUUCUUGACUUAUGACUUCAGGAUCUGUUUGUCGGCUGUGUUAGUGGGCAGGGCGCAGAUUUAAAUUUUCCUCGGUUUGCGCCCAUAACAACUAUGUUUCAUAGUCACGUCACGCCGAAACAGCUAAAGACUCGUUAUGAAGACGAUUCAUUCUAACCACUAUGAGUCGACUCUUUUUUUUAAGAUGAAUCAAUAGUUUUAAAAACUGUCCACUUUCAGAUUUAGGCCUUCGCUGGAUAUUUCACUUCAUUUAGAUCUGUGUUACACACUACAUGGAAGCUCCUUUUCGAAAACCCACAAUAGGGGCUCUUUAAUGUUUAUUUAUUUUAUAUAAAUUAAUAUUUUAAUGGCUCUUUUAUUGCCUUUGGAUAGUUAGCUAACAAAUUCAUCUAAACAAUGAAAUUGCUUGUCAUUUUGAUAAAACUUUAUUUAUUGUAUUAUUUACAGGUUUGAUUUGUAGAAUUAUUAUCAAUAAUCAACACCUGAAUCAAAAGAAAUGUGAAGAUACGCAAGGCAUACUUUGUAAUGUUCAUCUCUCUCUUUUUUUUUGUUAAAUCUGAAGGUUAUGCAUAUGUGUUAGAUACUAAUGUGUUGUUGUUUUUAAAAGCUACAGUUCUCCAUACAGUAAUACAAGACCCUGUGACGGUGGCUGAGUAGAGACUGAUUGAGAUGAUGUAUUUCUAGAGUUGGUGGAAUGACCAAGCACACCUGCUUGGUCAUUUGUGGUGAUAAUAAUGAAGGUAUGUUUGAUAAAGUUCUGUAUUUGUUUCACAAUAAGCUGAAAUGGUAUUAGAGCAUUAGAGAUUAACAAAUGACAUGAAGGUGA